AUGCUGAUUGGCUACGAUGCUGUGAAGGAGGCUUUGGUUGAUCACAGUGAUGCGUUCAGUGACAGAGGGGAAAUUAAUAUACUAGAAUUAUUCUUUAAAGAUUUCGGGAUCAUCGUGAGCAAUGGAGAGAGAUGGAAGACAAUGCGUCGAUUUUCCCUGACAACAUUGAGAAAUUUUGGGAUGGGAAAGAGAAGUAUAGAAGAAAGGAUCCAGGAGGAAGCUCAAUGUCUCAGGGACAGAUUUAUGAAGAACAAAGAUAAACCAAUAAACCCGACUCAUCUACUACUACUGGCUGUGUCUAAUGUCAUCUGCUCCAUUGUAUUUGGAGAAAGAUUCGACUACGAAGACAAGAAGUUUAUGACCCUUUUGAAUCUUCUUCAAGAAUUUGUGAUCCUGGUGAACUCCCGGUUAAGCCAGGUAAAUGUAGAUAUUGUACAAUUUAAUGAGACAUGUACCAGGCCCCACCAGAAACUUUUUCAAAUUUUUGAAAAGCUUAAAGAGUUUAUAGUAGAAAUGGUGGAAGGUCACAAGGAGACAUUGGAUGAAAACUGUCCCCGUGAUUUUAUAGAUUGCUUUCUCUUAAAAAUGGAAGAGGAAAAGAACCCAAAAACAGAAUUUCAUAGGGAUAAUUUACUUGGAUCCGUAAUUGACCUGUUCUUUGCCGGGACUGAGACUACAAGUGUAACUCUGCGAUAUGCCUUCUUGAUUCUACUCAAAUAUACCCUGAGAUACAAGAAUAUCCAUAAAGAGAUUAACAAUGUAAUAGGAAGUGAUCGCUGUCCAUCAGCAGAGGACAGAAGUAAGAUGCCAUAUACAGAUGCUGUCAUUCAUGAGAUCCAGAGAUUUGCCGAUAUUGUACCAGGAGGACUACCCCAUGCAGCCAGCAAGGACACCAUGUUUAGAGGAUAUCAUAUUCCAAAGGGAACUUUGGUGCUUCCAAUUCUAACUUCAGUAUUAAAGGACCCCAAACAGUUCAAAAACCCUGACAAAUUUGACCCUGGACAUUUCCUAAAUGAGAAUGGCACCUUCAAGAAGAGUGACGCCUUCAUGCCAUUUUCAGCAGGAAAACGUGUAUGUUUGGGGGAAGGUUUGGCUCGAAUGGAACUCUUCCUCUUUUUUACAACCAUUCUGCAAAGAUUUCUUCUGAAACCCACUGUGGAUAGAAAGUACAUAGACAUUACACCAGAGCCCAACAGUAAUGCUUCCAGGCCUCGCGAAUACGAGAUGUUGGCUGUGCCACGCUGA